AUGGCUCUGACAUAUUCUGUGUCGAGCAGCAUACAAUUGCUUUUGCUGUGGGGUCUGCUGUAUUCCAUUGGGCUGUUGCUUCACAGGCUCUUCUUUCAUCCUCUCAGAAAGAUCCCCGGACCUUGGUGCGCCGCAGCGACUAGCUGGUACGAAUUUUACUAUGACGUUGUUCUGGACGGUCAGCUCGUCAGGCAAUAUCCGAUUCUGCACGAGAAAUAUGGGCCUGUAAUCCGCAUCUCUCCCGACCGCAUACACGUUAAAGCAACUCAUUUCGUGAACAGGGUUUAUGCGAAUAACAGCCGAUACCUCAAAGACUCGGGUUUCUACCAGGCUUUCGGCACAUUGAAAUACUCCAUUGUCAUGCUUAUUGACCCGGAAGAGCACAAGCAGCGAAGAAACACCGUCAAGUCCCUUUUCUCGACCAGACAGAUGGAUCAGCUGGCUCCUUCGAUUUUGGAUGUUGUCAGGAGAGCUAUGAAUAGGGCACGGAGAUCUUACGACGGAGGAGCCCCGCUGAACAUUCAGGCCUUGUGGUCAUCUGUCACAGUUGACACGAUCAUGUCUGUUCUAUUUGAUCGACAAAUGAACUUCGUGGACUCAGACGAGGAGAUGCCCCCUUUUCUGGACGCCAUGACGAAAUUCGCAGACAAUUUUCUUCUCACGAAACACUUUCCCCUGAUGAACCGCCUCGCCGUUGGCUUGCCAAUGAGCAUAGCUGGUAUGAUAAUACCAGGAUUCGCGGCUUUCCGAAAGCAAUGCUCGGAAUGGAUUGGAGAAAUCGAAGAUAAGCAAGCUAAAGGCCUGACAACAGCGUCUGAUGGACGGCCCACUUACUUUGAUCUGCUGCUACGCUCCAAUGCUAAAAUGCCCAAUGGGCUGAACAGAGAGGCGCUUGUGGACGAGACUUUUGUGCUUUGCUUUGCUGGUACCGACACCACAGGUAUUGGUCUUAGUCUCGGGACCUACUAUCUUCUGAAGAACCCUGAGAAGCUGAACAAGAUGCUCGACGAGUUGAAGACGGUGAAGACAAAUGCCGAGGGACUUUUCGAGUACCGCGAACUUUGCAAUCUCCCAUACCUGAGAUUCUUCGCUUGUCUUCACCAGUCCCCGGAAUUACUCCUCGCAGAGUUCCUGCUGGAGGUGUAUACGUCGCUGGUCAUUUCCUUCCGGAAGGGAACCAUCCACGACAACCCGGAUAUCUUUCCGGAGCCAGAAAGGUUCAUCCCAGAGCGUUGGCUCGGAGAGAAUGGAUGGGAGCUAGAGAAGUGGUUCGUUCCCUUCAGUAAAGGGACACGUGCUUGCAUAGGAUUGAACGUCGCUUAUAUGGAGAUGUAUCUCUGUCUUGCCAACUAA